GGCGGUUGGGUAAGACAGGAGCACGCAGAGCGCGCGGGAAGAAGUCCGGACCCCAGGAGUAACGUGCGCGCCCUCAUUCCCUCCCCCACGGGCCCGCGCGCGUUUCGUGCUCAGGCGGUACCGCCCACCCGCCCGGCCCCAGCCCUGUCAGCGCGCGACCGGCUGCCACCAUGAUCUGCUCGGUGCUUAUUCUGUUCGCCAACAUCUUCCACAGCGCCUUUGCCGUAUAUGAAACCAGUUUUACAAUCCAAACUGAUGCUUGCACUGGAGUAAACGAGCGCACCUUCCUAGCCAUCAAGCCAGAUGGGGUGCAGCGGCAUCUCAUAGGGGAAAUCAUCAGGCGCUUUGAAAAGAAGGGCUUCAAACUGGUGGGGAUGAAACUCAUGCAGGCCUCGGAAGACUUGCUGAAGGAGCAUUAUAUAGCCCUCUGUGAUCGCCCCUUCUACAGCCGUCUGGUGGAGUACAUGAGAUCGGGUCCUAUUGUAGCCAUGGUCUGGCAGGGGCUGGAUGUGGUAAAGACGGCUCGCGCAAUGAUUGGAGAAACUAACCCGGCCGAUUCCAGACCUGGCACCAUCCGAGGGGACUUCUGCAUUGAAGUCAGCAAGAAUGUGAUUCACGGCAGCGACUCGAUCGAGAGUGCCCAGCGGGAGAUUUCGCUCUGGUUCCACACAGACAAGCUGACUUGCUGGGCGGACAGCACUGAGCACUGGAUCUAUGAGUAAUAAGAAUGGGCUGGGGGAAGGGUAUCUUGCUGACACUCAGGCACAGUAAAAACUCAUCCAUUUCUCCUUCUGUGGAGUCACACUGGACUUUGAGAUAGCGUGGUUUUUUCAUUGGGUAUUUCUAUCUAGGGAUGGGUGAAAGGGUAGUGGGAAGUCUAUUCUGCACUGGUAAUUGACUAAAUUGCAGCUCUCUGGGAUAGUAGCUACUUGGUGCUGCUGGUCUGGUUCUGUCGAUGCUCUGCAGCAUCCUAAAAUCCCAAGGGGUUCAAGAUGACCUGCAAAGGAAAGAAAAAUGAGCUUGUGCCUUUGGCAUCUUUAUAAUGUAUAGAAAAGGCCUGAAAGUUACAUUAGAAUUUUAGGUCCUGUCUACUAUGGAAGACUCUCUGGUGAUUGGAGAACUAUUGAUAUGACGACAUCACAAGAAGUAAGAGAGUGAAAGUUGAGCAAUUUGAAGAUUUUGAUUAGAAGGGACCCAUGGGAUGAUCUUGUCUGACCUCCUGCAUAACACAGGCCAGGAAACCUCAUCAAGUUAUUCUUGCAUCAAGCCCAUAAUUUCUGGUUGAGCUGGAGCAUAUCCAGUCUUGAUUUAAAGAUCGUUGUUCCAAUGGUUAAUUACUUUUGCUGUUAAAAAUGUGUACCUUAUUUCCAGUCUCAAAUUGUGUACCUACACUGGAUCUUGUUAUGCCUGUGAGAUAAGACUGCUCUACUAUCAGAAGUCUCUCUGGGCAGGUACUUAGCAGUGGUGAUCAAGUCCCCUCUUCACAAGUGAAAUAGAUUGUGCUUCUUCAGUCUUUCACUGUAAGGUGGGUUUUCAAGCCCUCAAAUCUGUCUUGUUGCACUCUUCCAAACCUUUUCCAAUUUUCCAACAUCCUUCAUAAGUUGUGGCACCAGAACUGGACACGGUAUUCCACUAGUGGUUUUACUAAUCCCACAUACAGAGGUAACAUUAUCUUCCUAGUAAAUAGUCCUAUUUAUACAGCCAGGGAGCAUUCUAGCUCAUAGGAACUGCAGACUGGAUCAACCACUGGUCCAGCUACUCUAGUACCCUAUCUCUGACAGGGGCCAAAACAAGUUGCUUUAGAGGAUGGUAUUAGAACCCUUCAGUAGGCAGAUGUAGGAUAAUAUGCCCCCACAUUGUGUCAUAGAAUCAUAGAAGAUUAGGGUUGGAAGAGACCUCAGGAGGUCAUCUAGUCCAACCCCCUGCUCAAAGCAGGACCAACACCAACUAAAUCAUCCCAGCCAGGGCUUUGUCAAGCUGGGCCUUAAAAACCUCUAGGGAUGGAGAUUCCACCACCUCCCUAGGUAACCCAUUCCAGUGCUUCACCACCCUCCUAGUGAAAUAGUGUUUCUGAAUAUCCAACUUAGACCUCCCCCACUGCAACUUGAGACCAUUGCUCCUUGUUCUGUCAUCUGCCACCACUGAGAACAGCCAAGCUCCAUCCUCUUUGAAACUCCCCUUCAGGUAGUUGAAGGUUGCUAUCAAAUCCCCCCUCACUCUUCUCUUCUGCAGACUAAAGAACCCCAGUUCCCUCAGCCUUUCCUCAUAAAUCAUGUGUCCCAGCCCCCUGAUCAUUUUUGUUGCCCUCCGCUGGACUCUCUCCAAAUUGUCCACAUCCUUUCUGUAGUGGGGGCCCAAAAGUGGAUGCAAUACUCCAGAUGUGGCCUCAUCAGUGCCGAAUAGAGGGGAAUAAUCACUUCCCUCAAUCAGCUGGCAAUGCUCCUACUAAUGCAGCCCAAUAUGCAGUUAGCCUUCCUGGCAACAAAGGCACACUGCUGACUCAUAUCCAGCUUCUCAUCCACUGUAAUCCCCAGGUCCUUUUCUGCAGAACUGCUGCUUAGCUAGUCGGUCCUCAGCCUGUAGCAGUGCAUGGGAUUCUUCCGUCCUAAGUGCAGGACUCUGCACUUGUCCUUGUUGAACCUCAUCAGAUUUCUUUUGGCUCAGUCCUCCAAUUUGUCUAGGUCACUCUGGACCCUAUCCCUACCCUCCAGCAUAUCCAUCUCUCCCUCCAGCUUAGUGUCAUCCACAAACUUGCUGAGGGUGCAAUCCACGCCAUCCUCCAGAUCAUUAAUAAAGAUAGGUUUCAGUGGUAGUCUUGUUAGUCUGUAUCAGCAAAAAAAACGAGGAGUCCUUGUGGCUCCUUAGAGACUAACAAAUUUAUUUGGGCAUAAGCUUUCGUGGGCUAGAACCCACUUCAUCAGGUGUAUGAAGUAAAAGAUACAGGAGCAGGUAUAAAUACAUGACAGGAUGUCGGUUGCUUUACCAAGUAUUGAGUCAGUCUAACGAGAUAAAUCAAUUAAGAGGAAGUUACUCACCUUGUGCAGUGAUGAUAGUUCUUCAAGAUGUGUGUCCCUAUGGGUGCUCCACUUUAGGUGUCUGUGUGCCCCUGCACCUCUAAUCAGAGAUUUUUGGUAGCAGUGUCCCAUUGAGCCCGCGCAUGUGCUCUCCCUCCCUCGUAGUCUGCCUCGAGGCUAUUUAGCACGGCACAGGUGAACCCCGCUCACUUCCUUCUCUACCACAGAGCCUUAUAGAGAACUCCAAAGUAGAGGGGAGGAGGGCGGGUUGUGGAGCACCCAUAGGGACACACAUCUCGAAGAACCAUCAUUACUGUACAAGGUGAGUAACUUCCUCUUCUUCUUUGAGUAGUGUCCCUAUGGGUGCUCCACUUCAGGUGACUCCGGAGCAGUACCCACCACUGGAGGCUGGGACUUCAGAGCAGAGUCUUUUACUACGGCGAGUACUGUGGAGUUGAAGACGGUGUCAGUGGCCAAAUCUUCAGUGAUCACAUAAUGUUCUGAGAAAGUAUGGACAGAGACUCCAAUCAUUGCUCUAUAGAUUGGGGAGAUAGGGGUAUCCCUAUGGAUUGUGACUGAGGUAGGAACUGAUCUCAUGGAGUGCGUAUGGACAGAAGCAAGUUGCGCCCUUGCUAAGUGAUUAAUGCAACUAGAGACCCAUUUGGAUAGUCUUUGAGGAAAUAUCACAGAGCUUUUGGAUCUUUCUGUGGACGAAAGGAAGAAUUUAGGGGAUUUCCUGAAGUCCUUAGUCCUGUCCAAGUAGAAUGUGAAUGUCCUUCUAAUAUCUAGCAUAUGCACAAUUGUCUCCCAGUUGUCACAAUGUGGUUUUGGGAAAAAACAGGGAGAUGGAUCUGUUGAUUCAUAUGGAAAGUGCAGAAAAAAUAGGGAAAAACUUGGGAUAUGGCCUUAGAGUGGUUGUUUAUUUAUUUAUUUAAAGACAAAGGCCAUGAAUGAUGGGUGUGCCAUCAGGGCCUCUAUUUCUCCUAUGUGUCUAGCUGAGGUGAUGGCAAUUAGAAAUGCUGUCAUCAUGGACAGGUGUAAGAGAGAACAAGUUGCCCUGGACUCAGAGAGAGGUCUAGUCCAAGCCCUGAGAACUAGAUUAAAGUCCCAGGCUGGAGUGGGUGGUGUCACAUGGGGGAAGAGAGUCCCAAUGCCCUUAAAGAGUCUACGCAUUAGUGGUUGAGCAAACUCCAAGUGGGAAGCCAUUUUUGCCAUGAGAUGUACCUUAAAAGGAGCUGAGUGAGAGUUUAAAAUGUAGUGCAAAAUCAGAGGGAGGAAAGAUGAAGUUGGGUCUGUCCGUUUGGAAUGGUGCAAACUUGUAGUCAUUUCCAUUUUGUAGAUAGGUAUGUGGAGUGGUCAACUUGUGGUUGUGGUGCAACGUGUGUUUCAGCUUGUCAGAGCAUUCUGCUUCUAAGCCUUGGAACAAAGAAAGAUCCAAGCCUAGAGGUGGAGGACCCAUGGGUUGGGGUGAAGGGUCAGCCCAUUGUUUUAAGAGAGCGGGUGAGGAAUGGGCUGACGUCAGAGGAACAGGAGGGCAUAUUGCCAUCUGCAUCAGGUAAGGGAGCCAGACUUGUCAAUCACAAUAACUCUCGCUUUGUUUCGUUGAAUUUUCAACAGAAUAUUGGAUAGGGUCGGAAA